AUGGCCCCUCUUAAGACUAGACUGGGUGUGACCGCGAUGCCGCACUGCGGUCAUCGAGCGCCAGGGACGAGAUUUCUGGCCGCGUGUGGGCGUGCAACUUGCUUGCUCUGCUUGCUAGCAGCUGCCUUGCCUGGCUCUCCUGGCCAAGGUGCAUCUGUCCCAAAGGUGCCAACUGUCAGUCCACGCAGAGCGCUCUUCCUGGCACUGGCUGCACCUUCACCCGCCUCGGCAGAGUCAGUGUGGACUGCCACGGUGGGGUGCGACGGUGCCAAGGACAGUGCCAACUGCUUCACCACAGUGACUGAGGCCUUGAGAGCUAUUCCCAAGGAUUCUGGCACAGCGCUCGUGACCGUGGCGGCGGGCACUUACCGGGAACAAGUUCGGGUCCCACGGGGCCCUGUCCUGACAUUGGAGUCUUCUCCACCGAAUGCUGCCACGCUGGUAUGGGAGUCAGACAGACCCUACGAGGCCGCGCUCACCGCGGAGCAGGGAUCGCAAGUUACGGUCCGAGGCUUCAAUAUCAAGCAUGCUGGCAAAAGCGUCGCCAACAACUACGCAGUCUUUUCCCCGGGAGGUGAUUUGUCACUGGAGGACUGCGAUGUGAUGUCGUCAACGGGUGCAGGAGUUGCUGCAGAGGGCGGCCGCCUCUCACUUCAAAGGUGCCGAGUGCAUGACUGCGCCCGGCAGGGCGCGGUGCUUUUUGGGCCGAUCAUUGGCGAUGAGCCACUGCAGGCGCGCUGCUCAUGCAGCGUCUUCAGUGGGAAUGGCCAAUUCCUCGGAGAUGGUGAUGCCAUACCAGGGCCGUUUGAUGGAGUUCUGGCACGCAACAACGUGGAGGCUUCCAUCUCAGAUGUUGUGAUUGAAGGCAGCGGACUCGCCGGGCUUGCAGUGAUGGAGGACACGCGGGUCGAGGCUUUCGGACUGACCCUGCGAGGCAACCGCCAGGGCCCCAGCCGCGUCACCAACGGCGGCGAGCUUGUGGCGGCUGCGAGGCCCAGCGAUGCCAAGUGCUGA